UACAUGGCCGUAGUAGUGAUGGCAGGCGAUACAGACCUGUUGUUGGAUCGCUCUGAUAAAUUGUGUGCUAUUUGUUCAUCCAGCAUAAAAAAAAGUGGUGUAAAGUGUGCAAAUGAUAAGUGUGAUGUUGUAAUUUAUACCAAGUGUUUUGAAACAGUUGCAAAGGUGUUUUUAGCAGAUAGAUGGAAGUGGAAAUGUAAGUCAUGUCUACUUAAUAAUGAUGGUCAUUCUGAAUCGGACAAUUUGCCUGACCUUAUACAAAAAGUAAUUUUUCUUGAAUAUAUAAAACGAGAAAAUAAACACUUAAAUGAUCUUAUUGAUGAACUAAAAUUAAAUACAUAAUAAUCUACUAAAAGAUAAAAUCAACUCAUCCGAAAAACAUACCACACCCAUGUCGAACUUUUUUGCUCCAAGUACGAACAGUUCUGCUUUUUACAGCGAUGUUGCAAAACAACCAGUGACUAAUACUCAAUUAUCUUGUUCUAGUCUGAUAAUAAAAAGUACUAAUAAAG